AUGUCGACUCCGCAGACACUGAUGCAGAUAUUACCACCACAUCAACACUUAGACCAUCAGCGGUAUUUGCCCGCACCGCAAGAUCGUCUAUUACCGCCUCCACGACCAUCGAGCAACCUCAGCAACAACUAUCUCCACAAUAUACCUUCAAGGCCUUCGAGCAAUCUCUCCGCUCGGCAUUUGCCUCCACCGCGACCGGAGAGUGGCAUGAGCAAUCCUGCUGGUGCCGAGCACAAUUACCACACUGGCCUCUCACAACAUCAACACGACGAAAAUCUAAGUCGAGCGAACAGCACAUCGAGCCUCCAAACGCGGUACUUGCCGCCACCAACAACCUCAGCGUCGCGCGCCCCAGAACACAUACCCGAACUCAUGCCACCCGCGCAUUCUCGCGACACUGCGACUGCUCGCAAGCGGAAAGAGCGCGGACCAGUCGAUUGGGUUGCCUUCUAUGGAGGCCGACCACCUGCCGAAAUCAUUGAAAUUCAUGAUGAUGACAGUCCAGCUCCGCCUGCCACUGUCCAACGACUGCCGCCCAUGGCGACGAGCUCAACACGAGGGAGCAAUGAAGCCGCAUCAUAUAGCACGAGCGACACUAUGCAUUCAUAUUCAAAUGGCAAUUCCGCAGAAAGCUAUCCCAACACUGCCGCUACCUCAUUGACAUCAACAUCGAGCAGCAGCCGCCACGCAACCGCUCAAAUAGGACAUAAGCGGAAACGAACAGGCCGCCAAGCCGAUGCAGAUUUCUCUCGACAAGGCUAUGCAGAUGGUCUUAAUCCUCAAGGUUAUCUCGCCGAAUAUGGCGAAUAUAUCCCACCUGCCAAACAGACCCGCAAGCAGAAGGAGGUCUAUGUGCCAUUGGUGGAAGAGCGCCGAGUGCCCACAGAGCAGAUUGACGACGAGGACGGUCAUUACAUCGUCCACGAAGGCAGCAAGCUGGGGCAAUACUAUACGAUAGUGAAGCUUCUUGGUCAAGGAACUUUCGGAAAGGUCGUGUCAGCCAUUGAUGCACGGACUCGGAGAGAGGUCGCUGUCAAAAUUAUCCGGGCAGUGCCAAAGUAUCGUGAUGCCAGUCGCAUCGAAUUACGGGUAUUGCAGACCCUGAAAACCGCAGACGAAUACAACCGGAAUCGAUGUAUUCAACUUCGAGAAUGCUUCGACUGGCGAGGCCAUAUUUGCAUAGUGACGCCACUUCUGGGUCUUUCAGUUUUCGACUUCCUAAAAAGUGGAGGUUUCGUGCCAUUUCCAGGAUCACAAAUUCAAGCCUUCGCCCGCCAAUUACUCGGUUCCAUCGCCUUUCUGCACGACCUCAACCUCAUUCACACGGAUCUCAAGCCGGAAAAUAUCCUGCUUCUCAGCCACGCCUACCAGACAUUCACCUACAACCGGAACAUCCCCUCCUCAAGUACUCUCACAGCACGCUCGGCCAAGUUCCGCCGAGUCUUGUUGAGUCCACGAAUAAAUCUGAUUGAUUUCGGAAGUGCCACCUUUGACGAUGAGUACCACAGCUCGGUAGUCAGCACUCGGCACUAUCGGGCUCCAGAGAUCAUCUUGGGAAUUGGCUGGAGUCACCCUAUCGACAUUUGGUCUUUGGGAUGCAUUUUGGUGGAAUGCUGGACCGGUGAUGCUCUGUUUCAGACCCACGAUUGUGCAGAGCAUCUUAGCAUGAUGCAGGCGGUGACUGGCAAGGAGAUAGACAAACACCUCAUCCAGGAACUAAAGAAGAUUACGAAACGAAACGACAAAACCAGUGCAGCUCGUUUUUUCAAAAACAACAAGCUCAUCUACCCGAGUCCGGAAACUCCACGACAAUCUAGGAAAUUCGUGCGAGCGAUGAAACGGCUCGAGGAGAUUGUGCCCCCAACGUGUCGGUUCAACGAGCUAUUUCUUGAUCUUCUAAGAAAGAUUUUCGUGUACGACCCCAAAAAGCGGAUCACAGCUCGGGAGGCUCUUACACAUCCUUGGUUCUCGGAGAUCGUUCAGGACGACGGAACGGAGGCGACACGGAUCCGAUACGAGAAAGAAAGAAAGGAGCAAGAGCGGGAAAGGGAGCGGACUGAGGAGCAGGAUGAUGACGAAAACGACGAUGAGCCAGACGACGAGGAUGAGGGGAGGACAAACCAGUUUACCGGGCCACAAGAAGAUGAUGGAGGAAUGGGAUGGAUUGAGAUUUGUGGUUGGCGCAUGGGUGGUUUCAUACUUUCGGCGGCACUCUCUUCUCGUUGUGGACUUCUUUUGGAAUGGCGCACGUCCUCAGCAUGUCUGAGUUGGAGAUUCUUUUGA